AGGCUUUAUAUUUUUUUCGUUUAUUAUGCAAAAAAUAAACUCUUUUACAAUUUUAUAUUUGUUUUGGGUUUUUUUUGUAACUAUGACAGAGUACCACCGCUAGCUAUGUUUCUCUGUUACCUACUCCUCCUUCGUUUUCUCUGUUGCUUUGUCGUGCAGCACAGAUUUAGAAGUUGAAUAGUAAAUACCAAUCAGUCCUAUAUAAAUGCUGCAGGUAUAUCUUGAAACCUAUCUGUGAGCUGCUCGGGAGAAUGUCAGCUCCUGUAACCGCGCUGGCUGGAUUGUCAAAGGGGUGCUGAGGACAGAUCGUGCCUGUUUUUCCCCCAGUGAUAAAACUGAUGCGCAAUUAGGAGGCGAGACUGAAUUUGUUUGAAAAAAAUAAAAAAAAUAAAGAAUCGAUCGUGUGCUCUAGUUUUAAAAACAGUGGCCCCCUUUUUGCAACCUAUGACAUCACUAAUAACAAAGUUCCGUUAUGAAAUGAUUUUGUCUCGUCCUAAAACAUCAAUCCAAGUGGAGUUAUUAUUUAUUAGCUCCGGUUGUGCCUCGACUCGCUUGCAUUCGUUUAUGCACAGUAGGGAAGAUACAAAAGACCUUUCGAUAAAUCAGCAGGCAGCCGUCUCUGUUUUUAUCUGGUGACCGGUCGGAAGUGUAGUUAUCAAGACGUUCAUUUUUGGUUGUAUUCUAGACAUAAUUAUUAGUUUUAGGAUUUUUUUUUUUUUUUUCAUGUAGGCGCCAAAAUAGCAGUUAAAAUAAGUUUCUGUUUUAUUACAUCAAAUUGGAGGUAUCUGUUAAUAAUAAUAAUAAUAAUAAUAAUAAUAAUAAAUAAUAAUAAUAAUAAUAAUAAUAACAACAAUAAUUUGUGUUUUUCCUCAAAUGCGGUCGAGCUGAAACAGAGAAACUAAACUUGCAAUAACUAAACCUCAUAUUUGUAUAUUUUAGUAUUGGUAGUGCACCAUAUUAAACUAUAUUUUCCUGUAAUACUUCGCUAUUUUUUUUUUAUUUUUUUAUUUUUUUUUUAAUUGCAAAACUAACCAAAAAGCCGAACUCCGUUUUUAUUGACUCGAGUCAACACACCUGACGCGAGUGACGUCAGCGAGUAAGUUGCCUAAGCAACCACCUGCAGGCCGGACCAAAUGGGCGAUGACCGACGUUCCGUGAGCAAAUCGAAUUACACUUUCCCAACCCUGAGCCCGCCCUCUCUAGGGCAUCAGCCAAUGAGAGCGCGGAGGCUGGAAACGGGGCGGGUCAUGUAUUUUACCUGAAGGCAGACCAGUCUGCACCGAAUUGCGCAUAGAGAGGUGUUGCAUCUGCUCAGGACAAGCUACGCGCAGAGUUCUUGGAUCCCUGCGGAGUGCCGUCGGUCUGCUUUACACUCUCUCGCUCUCUCCCGCCUCCUGCUGUGUCAUUUAGAGCAGGGAAGAGGAUGGCUGCAGGGACAGCCACGCCCACCGAAAUGGACGAUCUGCAGAGACGGGCAGAUCAGGUCACUGACGAGUCCUUGGAAAGCACUCGUCGGAUGAUGCAGUUGGUGGAAGAGAGCAAAGAUGCUGGGAUCAGGACUCUGGUCAUGCUGGAUGAGCAGGGAGAACAGCUGGACCGCACGGAGGAGGGUCUGGAUCAGAUCAACCAGGAUAUGAAGGAGGCUGAGAAGAACCUCACCGACAUGGCCAUGUGCUGCGGCCUCUGUGUGUGUCCCUGUGCCAAACUGAAGGAUUUCGAGGCGAGCGGUGCCUAUAAGAAAGUCUGGGGGAACAGCCAGGACGCUGUGAUCUCCAGCCAGCCUCCCUCCCGCGUGCUGGAUGAGAGGGAGAGGAUGACCAUGACUGGGGGACACAUCCGAAGGGUCACCAACGACGCCAGGGAGGACGAGAUGGACGAGAAUCUGGAGCAGGUGGGCAGUAUCCUGGGCAACCUGCGGAACAUGGCCCUGGACAUGGGCAACGAGAUCGACACCCAGAACAUCCAGAUUGACCGGAUCAUGGACAAGGCAACUGUCAAUAACAGCCGCAUCACAGAAGCGAAUCAGAGGGCCAAUAAGCUGAUGGCAGCAUGAGAGAAACUCACCAGGUUCUCCCUUCACUGAGUGUCUCUUCCACACACGCACGCAUGCACAGCACGCCAAUGGCAUUAAAUAACACUACAGCUGUGGCCAAAAGUUUUGCAUCACUAAUGUAACUAAUGUUGCUUCAGAAAGUCGAAUGAAAGCUGCUGAAUAAUGUUGAAUAUUGCAUAUUGAAUUGCACACGCUUUGUAGUUUUCCAGAUACUUAACGAACCCACUAGUAUGCCUUCUAGUAGACUUUUGCAAUUAUCAUGUUGUAGUUUCUUUGAUUACAUGAUGUCAAAUAAAAGAUCUACAUUUAUCAUUUAUAUACUUUUUUUUCUCAAUUCUAAAAUUCUAAGUGAUGCAAAACUUUUGGCCCCAGCUGUUCAUUUCAAUUAUUUCAAUGAUAUUUUAAACUGGCACACAGCGCCUCCCUGUGGCCCUCUGGUAAUGACUGUUUCUUGGACAGUUUUUAAAAAACUAAAUAUUAUUACAACACGCCACCAGGUGGGGGAAUGGUGGUACUGCCGCUUCUCAGUGUGUUUCUAAGAGAUUUCUGCACGCUAUUUAACCUAGUAUCUAGUGUGUGUGUGUGUGUCAGUGUGUGUGUGUGUCAGUGUGUGUGUGUGUGUG